GGUGGACGUCAGUGAACUCGCUGUGGUUAUUGUAGUAACCUGUUUAGAUUGUCAGUGUGUCUGAAGUCUAUACCCAAGCGUACCUGACACUGUCUUUGUUGUGUCUAUAUAUACUGGAGUUUCUUCAUCCACUGAUCUCUAGAUAGGACGGUGUACCAGUCUACAACUAGGUGUUCUUACAGCAUUACCGAAGCCAGUUUUCCAUGUUGUCAAACUCUAUUACACACAGGGGAGAAACUUCAAGAAAAAAACAUACAAGUUUUUCCGUUGGCUGUCAGUAUAAAGGAAAACAUACGGAACAUUUUUUUUUUCGAAUGUCUCAAGUUGACUCGGCUUGUUUGCCUUCGCCAGGUAGGAACUGAUCGUGUUCUCUUGUUUUUUUUUUGUUUUUUUUUUUUAUCUUUCUACGAGACGCUUGAGAGGUGACUGGACUGAUUCAUAUGAUCGUUUAUCGAUCUGUACGAAUUCAUUCUGAUUUGUUGACCUGGCCGAAAUUGAUCAAAGCCUCGUGCUCUUGAAUAUUAACUUAACCUCCAAUUUACCUGUGAGAAAGAAAAAAAAUCAAAGGUCUUUAACAGGCUUUUUCGUGUGACGGAGAGGAAGUGUUUCUUAACCUUAACUUAGCCUGGGUCAUGGACGCGCGAGGCUAAAAUUUGAGAGGAGCAGACGACAGUUGAAAUCAUUACUGAGGGGAUGGGGAUUUCAGACGGACAGUGUACUUUGGCAGCCUUCAGCGGGUAAAGACAACGACUCUUGGGCAAGACAAAGUGUGUAAUGAGCCCAAUCUACCGAUUUCCGACCGGAUUUUUGGCUUAGACGUUACAUAAGCCUACGUAUAUAGAUCAGUUUGGGCUGUAGGCGUAUGGAAAGAAGAUAUAAGACAUACACGUAUAGAAUGAGUCUGCGCCUGUUUCACCAUGCAGGCAGUCAUUGAGAAUUCCUCUGUGGAAAGUUUCGCUUCAAGAUACAACCCUAAAGACAACAUCACUAUGGGACAACAACACCGGCCGACAUUUCGGAAACGGUCUUUGGCCGAAUUACCUGGAAAUGUUCGGGUGCCUUCGUUCAAGAAACCGGACCGUCUUAAGUCGAGAUUGGAGGCCAGCUUGGCUGGAUUGAGAGAGUUGCAGACACUGAGAGAGAAACACCAAGUGAUGGUGACGCAAGCCAAGAUAUCCUUCCAGUCACCCCUCGAGAACCUAUCAGACGACUCUACAAAUGACACUGCUAAGGAGGAUGCCGAGACGGGAAAUCCUGGAAACUGUUUGGAUGGGAAUUCAACCCAUAGCUUAUCAAAGAUUUGGAAGGACACUUUUGGCGAAGGAAGUCUCUGUAAAGGAACAGAAGAGUCCAGUUCUGAUACCGCGGUGUUGUCCGAAGCGGCCUCAACCGAUACACAAGGCGGUGUCAGCGUGGGCAUCGCUAACGCAUCAUGUGGUGAACAAGUUGCUGGAGUCCCAUCGGAAAAAACGGAAAAUGCAGUCAUAAACAACUCGAACUUAGAGAUAACAGACACCAAAGAAACGUGCAAUGAAGACAGUGCAGACACAGACCCCCUGAAAGACGUUCCAGUAAAUCCUCUAUGUAAAAUUGUCUCUCGUCCCAGAAGCAUGUCAAUGAGUCACUUUCCACGCAAACGUCAGGAAGUGAAUGACAAAGAUUUUGCAAAGACGUCUAGAUCUUCGGCGGAUGACAUUCUGUCUGCAAAUUCUGCUACAAAUUCAGCCCGUUUGAGAAGAAAAGAGAGUAUAUUCGAGGGUGUAGAUAUCAGUGUUGAAGGUCCUAAUCCUGUCCACGCUAUCCUAAUGCAGUACAGUCUGCUUUCAUCGACACAAUCUAUGCCGUCAGUGUGCUCAACACUUCCAAGGCGUCACAGUAACUCACCCUGCAAGCCACCAUCUCGUGUGCAAUCAGAAAGUGACACCUCAAGCAGUAAGGACAGUGUUUUCUCUCAAACCGACACGAUAACCAGCAGUACACAGACUCAAGACAUAACUGAAAGCAAAGAAACUGAAAAUGUUGCCACCCAGUCAGAUGGUACAAGCAACAGUCCGUCUGACAAAACCGCGCCAGAUUCACACAGACACACCAAACGCGAAGAUUCGGCUGAGUGUCGCAUCACGAGAACAUUGUCACACUCCCACGUGGGACACUCGGACAGUUUUCGUAGAAGUGUUCCAUUUAAAUCUCAUUCAAUGUUGCGCUUUCCUGAUACAAAGAGUACUAAGGAUAGUGACAAUUCUAAAGCGAGAGAAGACAAACAGGCAAAAGAAGAGAAAGGUGUUUUGGAGCAGCCUAAAAGUGAAGAAAAUGUGUACGAGACAAUACGAUCCUAUUCCUUCUCAGACAAUCUGCUGUCUUCAAGUUCAUCCCGGAAGAAGGAUCACAUUCAUUCUGCAAAGGGUAAUGUGGAGUGCAAAAAUAUCCCGCGGUCUACUCCACAAAGGCCGACUUUACCGAGUCGCGCGCGUGUUGGACAUUCGUUAGCAAAUAUUCGUGACAGGUCUUUCUCCGCUUCUCGAACACUAUCUCCCAAUACAAUGAGUCAGUCAUCAACUGGUUUAUCAUCCAGAAGAUCCACUUUGCCCAAAGAGAACUCCAUGUCAUCGUUUGGCUCCACAGGUAUGUUAUCGCGAGUAAACAGUGUGACGUCUUCAAAAAGAUCUGUCCCAGACGGAGCCAAUUCCGGAAAGAAAAUCCGUCGGUUUGGCGUGCCCUUGGACUCUAAAUUGAUACAGAAUCUGCUCACCCGACGAGACAAAUCUAAACCUGUCGUAUCUCACAACUGUGACACUAGAUCCAAAGAGCCAAAUGUUGCUGAAAACAACUGUAUGAAACCUAACUCUACCAAAGAAAAUGCAUAUCUUUCAUUUAAGUCGUGUUCACUGGACCUGUCAAACGAUGAAUAUGGUAUGGCGAGGCUUUUAGAAUCGGGCGACAGACCUGGCUUGCCAGAGGCAAAGACAGUCCUGGAUGAAGUAGACGACGAAUAUGGUAUGUCAAUCUUGCUGGAUUCCUCUAAAACCUUAACGUCUACACCUCUGAUGGCGAAGAGGGAGAGAGGAAGAGUUUCAUCGCUGACCAAGCACAGCCUUGGUUCCGAUGAAGGUUACUGUCCUUCUCAAGGCAGUAACACCCCUGCCUCACGACGACGACGUCCACAUAAAAUCAGCAUUAGAUCAGACCAUACUUGGAUAUCCACCGACAUGGAAGAGAGCGACAUCACACAUCACAGCAGCCAAAUAUCGCCCUACGCUGUGUCCUCACCUACCAAUACAAUGUUCGGUUUUAAGGGUUUCCCAGCGAACAGACACGCAGGCGGUUCCGACAGCAGCGGCGCAAACUCGUCACAUGGGAGAAUUUCGCCGGAAUGGGACAUGCGCAGUCGAAGAUCGUCGUCUGUUUCUUUCCUGUCUCUCUCGACGGAUGUUCCUGAGUCUUCUCUAUAGGCUAUUUUGAUUAUCAUUUCGCUUUCGACAUUUAUAUCUCAGUGGUGCUUCUCUUGUCAUAGCGCGAACAAGGCAUCUGGUGCUUAUCAGUUACAUGACUGAAUGAUGUUUUGCACAUUGUAUUUUUCAUUCAACUGUUACUCUUGUGAAUAUUUGUUCAAUGAUGUGUUCAUACUUUGCUUUUGAUAUACGAUUCAGAUUUUCAAAUUUGUACAGAAUAAUUGGAAAUGUAAGCAUAAGACAUUAUAAAAAGCAAACUGUGAUCAAGUGACUGACAUACACAUGUAUCUCAACAAAUGACGUCAGUGGCGAUCCGCGAGGUCGAGUAUUGUGAUACUGCAUGUAUUUGUACAUGAAUGUUGCCUGGAGGAAACUGAGGUGAGAACUACCAAACUUCGAGCGAAAAGGACACGUUUAAUGUUUUUUCAUUGGAUUAAAUCCAGAAGUCCUCUGCGAGUCUCAAAUUUCCGAUUUUGAAUUAAAAAGGAAUGGCUUACACAUAAUACAUAUAGA